CAUGGCAUCUGAGGAUACUACACUGAGGCUCCGUGCUGUGCCAUCCAGGUGAAAUGCUCUCAGCCAAACCCAGCUGCCCUGCUGGAAGCUCUGACUCCAGUCCUAAACCUGAGCGCCAUACGACCCGUCAUCAACAUGACAACCUGCACCAACAUCAGCACCUUCUUCACCUUGUAUGGAAUACUAGGAGUGGAUGAAAAGUCUCAACUCUUGAUCACUUACCUUUGGCUAAAUUAUUGGUGGCAGAACGAGUUUGUCCAAUGGGAUCCAAUCCAGUGCGGCACCCACAAGAUUGCUCUCCCCAGAGACCGAUUUUGGAUACCAGAUAUUGUAAUCAAUGAAUUUAUGGAUGAAAACACAGCCCCACAUGUCCCGUAUCUGAACAUUUAUAGCUAUGGUAAAGUGUACGAUGCUAAACCGGCCAAAGUUGUCAGCUCCUGUAACCUGGACAUCUACACCUUCCCCUUUGACAUACAGAACUGCACUUUGACUUUCAACUCCUACAUCCACUUUGCAACAGACAUAAAGAUUUUCCUGGGCAAACCUGUAGAUCAAAUCACAAAUGACUCCAAGAGGGUUAUGACCACAAUGGGGGAGUGGGAGCUGCUGGAUAUCACCUCCCACAAAUACAGCAUAGACCCUGAUGAUGGUGGUUACAUUGAUACGCUUGUAUUUAAUAUCAGAGUGAGGCGUCGGGCCACCAUGUAUGUGGUGAACCUGCUGAUCCCCAGCUGCUUCCUAAUCACAGUGGACCUGUUCAGCUUCCUGCUGCCUCCCCAGAAUGUGGACCGGUCCUCCUUCAAGAUGACCCUCAUCCUGGGCUACACCGUCUUCCUGCUCAUCAUGAACGACCUGCUGCCUAUCACUGGAAACACCAUACCUCUCAUAAAUGUGUUCUUCUCUCUCUGCCUGGCUCUGAUGGUGGCCAGUCUAUUGGAGACUAUCCUCAUCACCAACCUGCUCUGUGGCUCUUCCAACUUCUCUCCCGUCCCUUAUUGGAUCAAAGUGCUCGUUCUGCAGAUUCUGGGCUGUCUUGUUUGCCUGCCUCGGAAGGGUAACGAUUCAGACAUGGAGCCAAGUGCAGUGGUGGCACAGAGUAAAGCUGAUCAGGACCCUCCGGAGGAGAGGGGGCCAGUGGUGGAGAACAAAGCCAUGCAGGAGCUGCAGAGCCUGGGCAGGGACCUCCGGGCCCUCCACCUCCAGGUGGAGCGGCAGCUUUCUGGAAGCCAAAGCUCGGAGGAGUGGAUCCAGGUGGGUUUCAUCAUAGACCGCCUGCUGUUUGGCCUCUACAUCCUCUUCAUAUCAGUCAGCUUCAUUACCAUCAUCAUUAUCUGGGUGAACUCAUACAAUCAGUAG